CACAGAGACUGAUCAGUAAUAAAUAACCCCUUAGCUUGAUCGAUCUCAAUGGCAAAGACCAAGUGGGUACUUGCAGUUCUGCUUCUGCUCUUUUUGCUCGAUAUGGAUAACUUCACUGGGCAAGGGAUUAUUGGGGUGCAAGGAAUAGAUUGUGGGUCAAAGUGUGCGUAUCGAUGCAGCAAAGCAUCAAGGAACAAGAUGUGCCUAAGGGCCUGCAACACGUGCUGUCAGAGGUGCAGCUGUGUUCCUCCGGGCACUGCCGGAAACCAAGACGUGUGCCCGUGCUACGCCAAAAUGACCACCCAUGGAGGCCGCCUCAAGUGUCCUUAAUUAAAAGUCUUUCCACGCACUGCGAUAAUAUCCACAUGAAGAUUACUAUAAGUACGUUUGUAUAAUUAAUAAAGGUGGUGUGGUUUGCUUCGACUAUAGUUUGAUCCUGUAGGCUGUAUAUUGUGGAAUAAACCCAGGAGAGUGCUUGUUAUGGGAGUUUACUAUUUUGUUUAAACCUUUAAUUUCUACUGGAUCGAGCUUUAAUUGGUCCUGAAAUAUCAAGAGAUGAUGUGACUUCACGUUAA